AUGGCUUCUACCCAAGGAGGAGAAAGACUUGUGUUUAUAGACAGGAUACUUGUAACCCAGGACAGAGACAACGGACAUGUAACCAAGGACAGAGACAACGGACAUGUUACCAAGGACAGAGACAGGGGACAUGUAACCAAGGACAGAGACAGGGGACAUGUAGCCAAGGACAGAGACAACGGACAUGUAGCCAAGGACAGAGACAGGGGACAUGUAACCAAGGACAGAGAUAGGGGCCAUGUAACCAAGGACAGAGACAGGGGACAUGUAGCCAAGGACAGAGACAGGGGACUUGUAAUCCAGGACAGAGACAACGGACAUGUAACCAAGGACAGAGACAACGGACAUGUAACCAAGGACAGAGACAGGGGACUUGUAAUCCAGGACAGAGACAACGGACAUGCAACCAAGGACAGAGACAACGGACAUGUAACCAAGGACAGAGACAACGGACAUGUUACCAAGGACAGAGACAGGGGACAUGUAACCAAGGACAGAGACAGGAGACUUGUAACCAAGGACAUAGACAAGAGACAUGACAGAGACAAGGGACAUGUAACCAAGGACAGAGACAGGAGACAUGUAACCAAGGACAGAGACAGGAGACAUGUAACCAAGAACAGAGACAGGAGACUUGUAACAAAGGACAAAGACAAGGGACAUGUAACCAAGGACAGAGACAGGAGACAUGUAACCAAGGACAGAGACAGGAGACAUGUAACCAAGGACAAAGACAAGGGACAUGUAACCAAGGACAGAGAUAGGGGACAUGUAACCAAGGACAGAGACAAGAGACAUGUAACCCAGGACAGAGACAAGAGACAUGUAACCCAGGACAGAGACAGGGGACAUGUAACCAAGGACAUAGAUAGGGGACAUGUAACCCAGGACAGAGACAGGGGACAUGUAACCAAGGACAGAGACAAGGGACAUGUAACCAAGGACAGAGACAGGGGACUUGUUAUCCAGGACAGAGACAAGAGACAUGUAACCCAGGACAAAGACAGGGGACAUGUAACCAAGAUCAGAGACAGGGGACUUGUAACCAAGGACAGAGAUAGGGGACAUGUAACCAAGGACAGAGAUAGGGGCCAUGUAACCAAGGACAGAGACAGGAGACACGUAACCAAGGACAGAGACAGGAGACUUGUAACCAAGGACAGAGACAAGAGACAUAUAACCCAGGACAGAGACAGUGGACAUGUAACCAAGGACAGAGAUAGGGGACAUGUAACCAAGAACAGAGACAAGAGACUUGUUACCAAAUACAGAGAUAGGGGCCAUGUAACCAAGGACAGAGACAGGGGACAUGUAACCCAGUACAUAGACAAGGGACAUGUAACCAAGGACAGAGACAGGGGACAUGUAACCAAGGACAGAGACAAGAGACAUGUAACCAAGGACAGAAACUGGGGACAUGUAAUCCAGGACAGAGACAGGAGACAUGUAAUCAAGGACAGAGACAGGAGACAUGGUAAUCCAGGACAGAGACAGGGGACUUGUAACCAAGGACAGAGACAGGGGACAUGUAACCAAGGACAGAGAUGUGGGACAUGUAGCCCAGUACAGAGAUAG